UGUCAGCAGUGAAAUGGAUCCAACCACGUUUAAUAGCCAUGAGGAUUUGUUCACCAUCCUGGUUUUAUCUCUCACUACUCUCGUGGGUGUCCCCGGCAAUGCUCUGGUACUUUGGGUUACUGGAGUGAAGAUGGAACGGACCGUGACCACCGUUUGGUUUGGGAACCUUGCUCUGGCCGAUAUCAUGUGCUGCUUGUAUCUUCCAUUCAUUGCAGUGCAGUUAUUAUACCAAACUUGGCUGUACGGUCCUGUCCUCUGCAAGAUUUUACCCUUCAUCCUCAUCCUUAACAUGUUUACCAGUGUCUUCACCCUGGUGGCUAUCAGCGUUGACCGAUGGAUUCUGGUUGUCCAUCCCGUGUGGGCCCGAAAUCACCGAAGAAUCAGAAUGGCGUGGAUGAUAUGCUUGGCUAUUUGGAUGUUGUCCUUCGCGAUGUGUCUGCCUACCGCCAUCAACAAAAGAUAUCACACCUCUCAUAACGAGACCUCCUGUUAUUCAGAUUUGUACAUGUUAAAGCCCAUCAUCCUCACACGUGCGAUGUUCGGAUUUCUGAUCCCUCUUAUUAUCAUUUGUAUCUGUUACAUCCAUCUGGCUUUUACCGCACAAAAUAUCAGGUUUUCUGAAGUAGGUCGAAAAACCACCAAGAUGGCAAUAAGUAUUAUUGUCGUGUUUUUCAUCACCUGGGUCCCCUUCCACAUCAUCGCAGUAACCGUGCUAUACACUAUGAAUAAAGUACUGCCCAUCCUGGACCUUCUGGCACUGUCUCUGGCCACGUUCAAUAGUUGCAUCAACCCAAUACUCUACGUCUUCAUGGGGAAAGAUAUGAAGCAGAAGCUGAGACAGUCUGUUGGCGAGCUCAUGGAAAAUAUAUUUAGUGAGAACGUAUUAUCCCCACCAUGCAGUGAGGACCAGCGCACCCCAGAAGAAAGCCUCCCGCUCUAAUGUAUGGAAUGGAUUUGUAGAUGUUUUAGAGUUUUUAUCUUUAUUAGUGAUUGUGAUCAACUACUGCUCAGCAUCUUAUCAGUGCGUGUUAGGGCGGCCAUACUGUAUGUCUUGAAUAAGUCACAUGCCAUCAGGACUUAAUGCUU